UUACUGUUAGAGAGUCAAAGACCGGAAAGGAAAGCCGCUUGGAAGAAGAAAGGGGGGUUUUCUUUCUAAUGGCAUUCUCACUUGUUGGUUCUUUCUCCAGUCCACACAUUAUCUGCAAGGCUAUCACCAACGACGACUCUCACGCGUUCGAUGCUUCCUUCAUACGUCGCACUGUCCAGCUCGCCGACAAGUCUGCUGGAUUCACUUCUCCUCAUCCCAACUUCGGAUGCCUCAUUGCCACCUCCGCCGGAAAAGUUGUCGGCGAGGGUUUCCUCUACGCUCAGGGAACUAAGCCUGCCGAGCUGCAAGCAGUGGAGGCUGCUGGAGAAUUCUGCAAAGGCGCCACCGCUUAUCUCAACAUGGAGUCCGGUGAUUGCCACGGGGACCGCACUGCAGUCUCCUCUUUUCUCCAGGCAGGAAUCACCAGAGUUGUUGUUGGAAUCAGGCAUCCUUUGAAACAUCUGCGGGGAAAUGCCAUUAGUGCAUUAAGAAGUGAAGGAAUCCAGGUUGAUGUAAUUGGUGAAGAUCUAAAAAGCAAAGUAGCUGAGGAUGCUCUGAAAUCCUGUCUUGUAGUAAAUGCUCCUCUGCUAUAUAGAGCUGCCUGUCGAGUUCCUUUCUCUCUUCUCAAGUAUGCAAUGACUCUUGAUGGAAAAAUCGCUGCAACUAGUGGCCAUGCAUCAUGGAUAAGCAGUAAAAAGUCAAGAAGUAGGGUUUUUGAAUUGCGUGGCAGAAGUGAUGCUGUUAUUGUUGGAGGGAAUACAGUACGAAAAGAUAAUCCACAAUUAACUGCAAGGCAUGGAGGAGGUCAUUUGCCAAUGAGGAUUGUAAUGUCACAAACUCUAAACCUUCCUGAGGUGGCACAUCUUUGGGAUGUUACUGAAGUACCAACUAUAGUUGCCACCCAAAGAGGCGCACGGAAGAGCUUUCAGAAAUUUCUUGCCUCCAAAGGCGUAGAAGUAGUUGAAUUUGAUAUCUUAAAUGCUAAAGCUCUCAUGGACUACUUGUAUGAUCGAGGUUACCUUUCAGUUCUAUGGGAGUGUGGAGGUACAUUAGCUGCCUCUGCUAUUUCAGCUGGAGUUAUACACAAGGUGUGUGCAUUUGUUGCCCCUAAAAUCAUUGGUGGAAAAAAUGCUCCAUCUCCUGUUGGUGAACUUGGGAUGGUUGAGAUGACACAGGCUUUGGAAUUAAUUGAUGUUUGUUAUGAACAGAUUGGCCCCGAUAUCCUUGUAAGUGGGUUUCUUCAACCAAUCCCAGAUCUGACACCUGUUAUUCCAGCGUUUGAGGAAACAUUUGCUAUAGAUCCAACUGUAACCCCAUAUGAACCGAGCAUCAUAUUCUUUUAUAAAGCCUGGGACCCCUUUGGAGCUUUUUCAAACUUCUCUCCUCAUCCAAUUCAAAUGCCUGAUGAAAGUGGAAAUUAUAUCUCUUGGUCAAGUGUGGAACACUAUUAUCAGGCUAACAAGUUUGUCGGGGUAAAUGAUCCUAUGGCUAGAAAUUAUGUUGAAGAGAUAAAAUCUGCCACUAGUCCUGAGGAAGCAGCAAGGUUGGGAAGAAAAGGCCAAAGGCUCCAUCUUUCUCUGGUAAGAUCAAACUGGGAGACGGUUAAGAUCGAGGUCAUGUACAAGGCAUUGAAAUGUAAAUUCUCUAUAUACCCACAUUUAAAUUCCAUGUUGCUAUCCACCAGAGGGUCAGUUCUGGUAGAGGUUUCUCCCCAUGAUCUGUUCUGGGGUGGUGGCCGUGAUGGUGAAGGAUUAAACUAUCUUGGUAGAUUGCUUAUGCAGUUGAGAUCAGAAUUCCUAGGCGAUGAUGAUGACUCGAAAAAAACCAUCACUUGAAAAGUUAUUACUUGGAAAAUGAAGACGGUGAACGCCAGAAGAAAUUUCCCUGGUCAUUGUUUACUAGAUAAAUUAUUUAGGUAACAAGUUUUCGGUUCAUAGAUUAUACAUUCUUUUGUUUUGUUUAAUAAAGGAGUACAAAUUUGUGUAUGUUUUACAAAUAUUUGUUGACAGUCAACUUAGGCUUAUGGAGGCUAUAAGAGAAAUAAAUUAUCCAUUAUAUAUAAAUUUCAUUUAGGGAGUCAUUUGUAC